CCCACUAAGUAAGGAGACCAACGUUUUAUUGAGUCAACAGUCUUUGUCUCUUUGCCAUCAAAUUAUUGACAACUACUUCUUCACAAUAAGCUUUCAUACACCUACACACAGUUCACUUACAAACCCUGCAAAAUCUACAUUUUCACUCUCCUUCAUACCUGAAUUCUGAUCACUUGUUUCAGAUAAUAUCAUGGCUGUUGCAGUUGUUGGUGGAGCUUUGCUUAACGUUGUCUUUGAAAGGUUGCUCACAAAGGAUACGGUCAACUUGGUCUUGGGCAAGAAGCUUGGCUCUGACUUGCUUGAAAAGCUGAAGAUUUCACUGCUUGCUGCUGAAGCUGUGGUUGAUGAUGCUGAGUACAAGCAACUGGGCGACGAUCGUGUGAGGGAGUGGCUCAACUGUCUGAGAGAUGCUGUUUAUGAUGCUGAUGACUUUCUGGACGCUGUACUCACCAAAGCCGCCACUCACAAGGAGGUACGUUCUUUGUUGCCUAGUUGCUUCCGUAACCGACAUAGGAAGAUGGUAGAUAACAUGGUAGGCGUGGUUGCAAGAAUAGAAAAUCUUGUAAAACAAAAAGAUAUUCUUGGACUUCAACAGAGUACCAAGGAUAAUAACUUGUCAUCAUCAUCAUCAUCAUCAUCAAAAUGGCGAGAAACCACAUGUCAGAUGGAAGGGAAAAUAUAUGGCAGGGAGGAUGAUCAACAAGCUUUAACCAAAAUAAUAGAAGACAACAGUGAAUCUCAGUUAUCUGUGAUUCCUAUUGUUGGUAUGGGUGGGGUUGGUAAAACAACCUUAGCCAAAUGGGCGUACAGUGUCGCGAAAGGAUUUGAACUCAAAGCAUGGGUCUGCAUCUCUGAAACAUUUGAUGUUGCUGAUAUUACAAAGAAAACCAUUGAGGACAUUACUAAAAAUUCUUGUGCCCCCGGGACUUUAAAUUCGCUACAAAAUAAACUGCAGGAAGUCUUGUCAGGAAAGAAGUUCUUUAUUGUUCUAGACGAUGUCUGGAGCGAUGAUGCCGAUAAGUGGAAGCAAUUUAUAACUCCUUUUCACUCUGGGGCUAAGGGUAGUUCAAUUCUUCUUACAACUCGUAUGAAAGAGGUUGCCUCAGUAGUUCAAACAUGUCCCUCUCACUUUCUUAACGAGUUGUUAGAAGAGUACUGUUGGUCAUUGUUUAAAGACAAUGCAUGUUUUCUGGAGUCAAACGGGAACCCAACACUAGUUGAUGUGGGUAGACAAAUUGUCAACAAGUGUAAGGGCUUGCCAUUAGCUGUAGAAACACUUGGCCGCAUGUUGCGAGGAAAGGACGAUGCUGAAGAAUGGAAAGCUGUUUUAAGGAGUGCCAUCUGGGACUUUCCUAUGAAAAAUAGUAAAAUUAUUCCAGCAUUGUUAAUAAGCUACUUUCAGCUACCUCCUUACUUGAAGCGUUGUUUUGUUUAUUGUUCCUUGUUUCCCAAAGAUCAUGCGUUUGAGAAAAAUGAACUAGUUUUGCUGUGGAUGGCUGAAGAUCUUUUAAGGCUACCAAAGAGAGGAGAGAGUUUAGAAGAGGUUGGUUCUCAGUGUUUUGAAGAAUUAGCUUCAAGGUUAUUUUUUAAACCAGCUGAGUAUCUUCCUGACAGGUACGUGAUGCAUGAUCACUUGCAUGACUUGGCAAUAUUCCUUGCUGGAGACUUCUAUUGUAGAAUAGAAGAGUUUGGUGAACAAGAAGAGAAGAAGGUUCUCAUUCGUCAUUUGUCACAUUUGGGAAGCUUUGAUCAUCCAAUCUCAAAAGUCUUUAAGUCCGUUGUGAAAUCAGAAUCUUUGAGGACAUCUUUGUAUAUCGAUGAAUUGUUAAGCCUGAAAAGCAGAGCAUCAAAGUUGAAAUACUUGAGAGUUUUAUCCUUUUGUGAACUUGAUGCAUUACCAGGUUCAAUAGGUAAAUUAAUUCAUCUACGCUAUUUGAAUCUCUCUGAUACCGCUGUUAAGGCAUUACCAGAGUCAUUAUGCAACUUGUAUAAUCUACAAACAUUAAUAUUGUAUAAAUGUUCUAACCUGACCAUGUUGCCCAAUGACAUGCAUAAACUUGUGAAUUUACGGCAUCUUGAUCUUAGGGGAACUUCUUUGAAAGAAAUGCCUAGAGGAAUAAGUAAAUUGAAACACUUGCACACCUUAAGUUCGUUUGUGGUGGGCAAGCACAAAGACAAUGGAAUCGAGGAAUUAGGAGGGCUCUCAAAUCUUGGAGGAUCAUUUAAGAUUAAGAAGUUGGAGAAUGUUGCUGAUGUCAGACAAGCCAGGAGUGCAAGGAUGUCGGAGAAGAACCACAUUGACGAGUUAUUGUUGGAAUGGUCUUGGGAUCGUGAGAUGGUUUCAAACACAGAGACUGAGAGAGAUAUACUCGACGGCUUGCAACCGCACACUGGCUUGAAAGAGUUGAGAAUGGAGGGAUACAAGGGCGAAAGAUUUCCAGAUUGGGUGGGACACUGUUCUUACAACAAUAUGACAAGUGUAAGACUAGCAUCUUGCAAGAAUUGCUGCAUGCUGCCUUCACUUGGACAACUGCCAUCUCUAAAGUCCCUGCGCAUUAAAGGUUUUGAUCAGCUCAAGCGUAUUGGUGAUGAGUUUUACAAGAAUGACAGCGAUCAUCAUUCCUCGCCUAUUGCACCGUUUCCUUCACUCGAGGAAUUGGUGUUUCAUUACAUGCCAUGCUGGGAGGAGUGGCACGUACCUCACCCAGAAGCUUUUCCUCAGCUUAAGAUACUUCAAAUAGAACGUUGUCCAAAGUUAAAGGGAGAUAUGCUUAAUGCCAUAUUCUGGAGAAGAGUUUGUUCUUUGCGGGAAGAUGACGAAGGAAGGUCUGAUGAGAUGGUAGGUGGUGGGGAUGCUUUAUCAAUAAGGCCAUCUCAAUCAUUUAAUGCAAGGAGCAAUUGUUUACCCAAAUCUCUGCAAAAGCUGAAAAUCUCGAGUUGCCCAAAAUUUGAAUUCCCCGAGCAACGGCAGCACAAGUAUGAUUUGGUAGAGCUAGAAAUAGAAGAGAGCUGUGAUUCACUGAGCUCCUUGUCGUUGGAUGUCUUUCCCAAUCUCAAGACUCUCGAUAUAUAUAAGUGUAGGAAUCUGGAAUCAGUGUCAAUGUCAGAGGCACCACACGCUGCUCUUCAACGUCUCUCCAUUAGAUUCUGCGAGAAAUUAGUGUCAUUUGCAGGAGAAGGACUGGCUGCACCCAGCUUGACUCAUCUCGAGAUAUAUGGUUGCUCAGACAUGUGCAGGUUGGCAGAGGGUGGUUUGCCGCCUAACUUGAAAGAACUUUAUGUGGGAAUUGGCGAGCAACAAAUGAGGGAUUUAUCAUGGAUCGCCAACUUGCACGCCCUCACUCAUCUUACCAUUAGAGGUUUUUACUGCGACAACAUAAGGUCAUACCCAGAGGUGGGUUCGCUGCCUCACCUUCCCUCCCUUACCACUCUCGAGAUAUGCAAGUUCAAGAAUCUGGAGACAUUGGAGUGCAACGAGCUUCUCCGCCUCACCUCCCUUCGACAACUACACAUUUCAUUAUGUUCAAAGCUGGAGAAUAUGGUAGGAGAAAAGCUGCCUCCCUCUCUCUUGCUACUUCGACUUCAACCGUGUCCUUUGCUGGAAGAACACUGCAAGAACAAGCAUCAACUAAUCUGGCCCAAAAUUUCCCACAUCCCAACCAUUCUAGUCAAUUACAACUUAAUUUCCUGAAUAGAGAUUUCUGAACAGGUACAUUGUUAUGAAGUAAAAGUGCCCAAAUGGCGGAGAUUUCAUCAUAUAUAAUCUUAUACAAAUAUUUUACUCUACUUUAUUCCAUUCUUGAAUUUAUUUUUCCUGUUCUGUUGGGUAAAAGAAAAAUGUUAUCAAAACUUGAUUUUAGAUGAAUUAGAUAUAUGCCCUUAAUGGUAAAAUUGUGUUUCUGCUUUUUCCACUAUUUGAUGUUUAUGGCUUUAUGCCGAACUAAUUGGUACUGCCAUGUAGUAACUUGAAUUUUGAUUCUUUGACUGUUUUUGGAAUUUAUAAGUUGUACUUUGUUAA